AUGGACCCAACUCAGGAUCCAAAUUUCACUCCUCCUUCUCUCAAAAGGGCAAUUGAACCAACUGCUCCUUCAGAGAAAAUACCAACUAAUAUUCCUAUACAACCAUGGGUUUUAGAAGAUUUAGGCGAAGCUUUAGAUGGUCCAGCUCCUCAUCCAUCAAGUAGUAGACCGAGUAUUUUAACUACUAAAUCAUACGAUGAACCAUCAGAUGCUAAAUAUCAUUCAAAAAUACCUCGGAAACAUACAGAAUUAAUAAAUUCAUCUUCAAGUGACGACGAAGAUGGUAUAGUUGAAGAUGAAAAGAUUAUGAAUAAUUCAAGUAGUAAAAAAGAGAUUCUUCCUCCAUCAAUACAAGUUAGAUCAUCACAAAUUGCUGAUUUAGAAGAAGUUCCUCAUGGUAUACAAAGACAAGCAAAAACUUUCGACAAAUAUGAAUUUCCAACUCAUAGAUUAGCUACAACUAUGUUAGAUGGUUCAAAAUAUCCUUUGGUUAUAGUUGCUUGUGGUUCAUUUUCUCCUGUUACAUAUUUGCAUUUAAGAAUGUUUGAAAUGGCUUUAGAUGCAGUUAUGGAACAAACAAGAUUUGAAGUUAUUGGUGGUUAUUUUUCUCCUGUUUCAUCAAAUUAUAAAAAACAAGGUUUGGCAUCAGCACAUCAUAGAGUUAGAAUGUGUGAAUUAGCUUGUGAAAGAACAUCAAGUUGGUUAAUGGUUGAUGCUUGGGAAUCUUUACAGCCUAAAUACACAAGAACUGCUUUAGUACUUGAUCAUUUUAAUGAAGAAAUAAAUAUUAAACGAGGUGGUAUAAUGACAAAUUCUGGUGAAAAAAGAGGAGUUAAAAUAAUGUUAUUAGCUGGCGGUGAUUUAAUAGAAUCAAUGGGUGAACCAGACGUAUGGGCAGAUCAAGAUUUACAUCAUAUAUUAGGUAAAUAUGGUUGUUUAAUUGUUGAAAGAACAGGAUCUGAUGUAAGAUCAUUUUUAUUGAGCCAUGAUAUAAUGUAUGAACAUAGAAAGAAUAUAUUGGUGAUUAAACAAUUAAUUUAUAAUGAUAUUUCAUCAACAAAAAUAAGGUUAUUUAUUAGAAGAGGAAUGUCAGUGCAAUAUUUAUUACCAAAUUCGGUUAUCAGGUAUAUUCAACAACAUAAUUUAUAUGGUGAUUCAGAACCAGUAAAGCAAGUAAUGUCAGAAAGAGCAGAUUAG